AAGAGAGGCACAGUUUUUGCGUCAUUUUCAUUGAUACCCACAAACAAACAUUUUGCAAAAUGCAAUGUUUGUUGUACAGAUAAAGUUUUCUGUUGUUUUAAAUGAAUCAAUCAAAACUGUCCGCAUCAAUAAGUGACAAUCUGUAAAACAAUAUGCAAGAACAAUGAACAAAUAUAAGAAUAGGGGUAACUACUACCAGUGUUCACAAGAAAAGUGUUUUGUUUUGAUACUUUAAAAAUAGUGCGUCAGUAACAUUCGUACAGAAAAAAAAGUGAAUCAGUGAAAAAAAAACUGAAAAUGGAAAAAAUGUCUCAAACAGCUCCCGGACAGUCUUUGGGCGCUGCCCCAAGACGACAUCAAACGGAAAAUGCGGCUGCAAUUGGAACAUCAAUAUCGGCAAGAUUCGAAACGGAAAAUGGAACGAAAAAUUUCGUACCAAAAUCAGCCAAUUAUUAUCCGGAAAAUAUUCAAGAAGCUCGUGAAUCUCAACGUCAACGAGAAUUGGAAGAAGCCCGAGCCCGAGCGGCACAAAUGGAAAAAACGAUGAAGUGGUGGUCGGACUGCACGGCUAAUUGGCGAGAAAAGUGGAGCAAAGUCAGAAAUGAGCGAAACAAGGCACGCGACGAGGUGAAACAACUACGGACCAGCCUUGAAGCAGCACUGAAAGAAACCAACUCUCACAAGCGGGAGAAAAAUGAUCUGGAGCUGCAAAUAACUCAAUUGAAAAGGGAAAUGGACAAAAUUCACAUGCUGAUGAUGAAACAUGCUGGACAGUUCAACAAAGGGGAUGGAACCGAAGAGCCUGAACGUGACGGCAGAGACAACGGUUCACCUGAUAUUUCGUCGGAUGGAUUGAAGAAUGUUAAUAGCGAAGACGGGUUAAUAAUUAAGGCAACAAACAAAUCUAAUAGUGCUGAAGACGUGGACAUUGAAGAAUAUAUACUUCAAGGUGCCGUUCCAAAACAUUUAACCGAAGAUGAACGAUGUGGCAGUGCUGAGGAAAGGCGACUAAUCCAGCAACUUUCCAAGGACAAUUUUGACGAAGAAUAUUUGCUGCAGAAAAUUUCCAUGUUGCAAUUGAGAUUGGAUGAAAAUCAAAAAUCGCUUCAGCUGGAACGAGAGGAGAAAAGUUCCAUGCACAAAAAUCUGGAGAAAUAUGUCCAAGAACUGCAAGAUGUGAAAGACAAGUGCGAAGAACUGCGCGGAGCGAAACAAGAUGCCAUCCGAGAGUUGUUGACUCUGCAGGAGCAGCAACGUGCCGAAUUGCGAAUCAUCAACAAUUCACUGAUGGAAGAAACAACAGCCAGGGAGUGUCUGGAACGCAGAAUUGGAGAAUUACGUACUGAGUUGGAACGACUACAAGCUGAAAAUGCAGCUGAAUGGGGGAAACGGGAACGACUCGAAACUGAAAAAUUGGCACUAGAACGGGACAACAAAAAAGUUCGAGCUGAAAUACGUGAUCUUCAGGAACGGGCAGAGCGAAGGGGACGACCCAUUUCCAAUACUGAGUCGGAAUACAGAAAUUUGCAACAGGAGUUGGCUGAUAAAAAUAAGGAAAUCGCAGAUAUUCGACAUUCCCACAGUAAAUUAAAGAAAUUGUGCGCCGAAGCGAACACAGAGUUGGGUCAUGCCGUUCGUAGAGCUGAACAAUAUGAAACUGAGGUGAAGAGGCUUCGUUCUCGCGUUGAAGAACUGAAACGAGAACUUGCGUCUGCUGAGGAUGAGCUAGAUGCAGCCUGUAAUCAUGUACGACGCUUACAACGUACGAACGAGGAACUUUCCGGCCAAACAGAGGGACUCCAAGUGCAAAUUCAACAUUUACAAACAAGACAUUCCACCAGCCCAAAAAAACACGAUCCGUUUAAUCCUUCCACUAGUACCAACUCAAAAUAUCCGCCCGAAUGCAAGCCAAACAUAAACGAUUUACGGCAACUGUUCGACAGUUCACGAUAUGAGUUCAAACGAAAUGUUAAUCCCGGACAGGCACAGUCAUACUAUGAUGCCAAAACCAGUGCUGCCGAUGAAAACAUUUUAGAAUCGAAAAUCGGUCUGUCGCGAAAUAUUGACUUUGAACGAGCGAAACAAAAAUUCGACAAACCGACGUCAUUGCGACUGAACAAAAUCCACCAAGUGAGACCCACCAGUUACACAAAGUCCGGGUAUUCGGGCGGAAUGAGAACGAACCAUAGUGAUGGGGUCGGUAAGAGUGGUAAACACGCCACAGAUGGCAAUGGGCAACCACCGUACGAAAGCAAUAAUUCACGUGGUUCGAAAAAAGAUGCGUACAUGAACAGUAGCAUGAACUUGGACGAAUUAAAAGUGUCCGAUGAUGAUACUUCGUAGUUACGGUUCGAAGAGUAUGCUAUCGGCAAAUGAGGAGGCCAGCGAUGACUGAAAUAGAUGUAAGACACUGAAAUUAAAAUUAAUUUAUAUGUAGAGAUCGUUUGAAGUAAUAUUUAGAAACAUUUCCAUAAUGAGGGCUCAUCAGGUGAGCGAGACAUAAGUUUUCCAAUAAACGAAAGUGAAUGAAACAAUCGUUUCAAAUGAUGAAUUAAUAAAAAAAGGAACCCAAAGGCUUAAAAUGGGCAGAGGUUAUUAUCGGAUUCAUGAUAUAGAUUUUACUCUAUAUUCUUACUUCUUCUAUUUUAUUCCAGUAUAUCAAGUGAAAAACGAUUGAAUCGAGUUUAGUUGACACUUCUCUGAUUUUCUGUUCUCUCUCUACUAGUGUGUUCAACUCUAAAGUUUUGUAGUAAUUCAAAUACUGCAAGAUAUUUGGAAAAUUCUGUCAACGUCUUUUCUUUCGAGAGAUUAUAAAUAAAACUCAUUUAAUCGUGCAAUUCGUUUGACUUCUAAUCGAAUUUUGAACGAAAGGUCUGAUAUCUUUCGUAUCUUUGAACAUAUUGUCUUUCUCAUUUUUCUUGACUAGUCCGUGUCUUCAUUGUUGUUAAAGACAAAGUUUUGAUCAAAUUGACGUAUACAUAGAAUUUACUCGUACUUAGAUUAGAAAGAUGAAUUUUAAAAAUAAGUCAAAAUUUAUAAUGUUCAGACAAAACUUUAGAGAUUUAUGGUAGACUUUGUGAGAAAACAUGUGCUGUAAUAAAUUUACUAUAUUAAAUAUUACCCAAUAAUUAUACAUACUUAACGUUGUACAUUCAAAUAAAUUAUGAAACGUAGUCAUACAAUUUAUUUAAAUAAAAAAUUUCGUCAAAAAAUAUUUCCAUUUUA